AUGGUGCACGUCAACUUCUACCGCAACUAUGGUAAAACAUUCAAGAAACCAAGGCGUCCUUAUGAGAAGGAGCGUCUUGAUGCUGAACUGAAGCUGGUUGGUGAGUAUGGUCUGAGGUGCAAGCGUGAGCUUUGGAGGGUCCAGUAUGCACUGAGCAGGAUCCGUAAUGCUGCAAGGCACUUGCUCACCCUUGAUGAGAAGAACCCCGCCGUAUCUUUGAGGGGUCAGAACAAGCUUGAUUAUGUCCUUGCCCUCACUGCCGAGAACUUCCUUGCAAGGCGCCUUCAAACACUUGUCUUCAAGGCUGGCAUGGCCAAGUCCAUUCACCAUGCUCGUGUCUUGAUCAAGCAGCGUCACAUCAGGGUUGGCAGGCAAAUCGUCAAUGUCCCAUCAUUCAUGGUGAGGGUGGAGUCUGAGAAGCACAUUGACUUUUCACUGUCAAGCCCAUUCGGUGGAGGCCCACCAGGCAGGGUGAAGAGAAAGAACCAGAAGAAGGCAAGUGGCGGUGGUGGCGAUGGUGGUGAUGAGGAUGAGGAGUGA